AGUAGUCAUACAACGGAACAGUCCAGUCUUGUAGCGCCAAUCUCUUGUUGCCAGGUUAAGCGUAACGAAGUAAGAAUUAAGAAGUUGCUAUAAUAAAAAUACUAACAUUGAAUCUGCUAUACUGUUUUUAAAGUUGAAAAAUCGGCAGAGCGUGAAGGAUUUAAGGAUGCUGACAACUCAAGAGCGACACCACGCGGAAGAAAUAAGACAAACCCAGAUCCGCAUAGGGCACGUAAAGAACGAAUGUGAAAGACAAUUAGAGGAUUUAAAAGACGAGUACAGAACGGUGCUGGCCCAAAAGCGGCAGAUGGAAAACAAUAAAAACACGAACAAACCAGACGUCACAGACGAACUAAACAAGCUAAGAGAGGAGAACAGAAUUCUGCGAAAAGAAAUUUCGCAAGUACGUUCGAUAGAGGUCUCUAGCGAGAUCGAAUUUUCUAAGCGAAUUGCAGUAACGGUUAAUGCAGAAACAGAUAGAAAAUCAAGCGAAAUUUCGUAGUGGGGCAUAUGUGAAACGGCGAACAAAGAGCACUGUGACGUCAUAAUGGUCACUAGAUCACGUGACAGGAAGUAGGAGGUUCAGAUUGGUCAACAAAAUAUACUGGUGUUCGAUCCUCAGGGAGUACGCUUCCGAAUAUGUUCGCUAUAUGGAAGUGUAUCAAGUGUUAUUACUGUUGUGUCCAUACUCGUCAACUUUCGUAUUGCUUAAAGUGAAGUAUUUUAUAUUUAAUGCACACAUUUUUACUAUAUUG